GUCAGGAGCCAUGGAUAAUAAAACGACUGUGAUAAGCAAACACAUGGUCAUAAAACAUUGCAUCAACACGACGAAUCUAGCCUGAGCCUAGGCGUACGUGGUCCGGUGGUGUAUAAUCAUGGUUCGCUUCUCACUCUACCGGUUGGUCGUAGUGUUGUGUGUUGUGAUCAUCAGCUACACAAUCAUCCAUUGGUGGCAGCUAAUGCUUGGCCAGAAAUCAGUCGGUCAUCCCUUCCAACACACCUGCAACAAGACCGAACUGUACCGCCACGAACUAGAACGACUAUUUGAAAGCGGCUUAACUAUUUUCAGGGUACACCGAUUACUGGUGCAGCACGGCCUCACGCACUUUCUCUGCUACGGUACACUCUGGGGUCAGAUACGCAUGGCAAGGAUGCUACCGUGGCGAGAGAAAGCCGAGUUCUGUGUUUUAAACGACGAGCUGUUGCGACACGAGGAAGCUCGUUUCAUGCGCAAUUUCCACUCAAACGAGCUGCGAAUACACUACCUGCACUCCGACGGCAUUUAUAGGAUUUUUGCAAAUGAGCCUACUUCGCGCCAUUACAGUGUUCCUCCUUUUGUCGAGCUGAUUGUGUUUCAACUCGAUGACACGCAAGGAAUGUACAAGCGCAUCGGAUGGAAACGACGAAUCCUGCCUCCACAAUGUGAUUGGACACCAUCAUUAGACUGUUUCCCCGUUAACCUGCUGCAGGGCUCAUUGCCGAGUCGGCCACUCGGCAAUUCAUUGUACACCGUGCCUAUGGGUGGAAUCGAACUGCAAAAGUACCAUUACCCCGAAAACUGGUGGAAGGAUGUGAACGUACAUAACUGCAAUCUUAACUAUCCCUAGACUAAAUAAGGAAUUAAUUAAUUUACAUACUUAAUAAAGUAUGUAAAGUAUCUAAAGUAUGUUUGGUUAUUUUUCGAACAUGCCAAAACACACAAAGCCAAAAAAGUAACCGAUUUCCAUCUUCAUUCAUCCAUGUUGAAGCGAGAGGGCAAAACUAUUUUCCUGUGAGUUAUAAUUCGAAGCAUUAAUGAAUGGUCAACAAUUAUACUGAAACAAUAUUAUAUGUUUAACCUUUUUCAUUUUCUACGCUUCCAUCACAUUUGACAGGAUUUUUACCUUUAUAUCGUAAGAUUAUGGAAUAAAAAUAAUACACAUGUGAAGAUUUAUCAUAUUUCCCAAAAUAAA